UUGUAUAAAAUGGCCCAAAAAAAUCAAGAUUAAAAUAUAAGGCUAAGGAGAGAUUUCCACCUUAUCCUUUUAUAUCAACAUUUUUGCAACCUCUGAAAAGAAAUUCCAAUGGCUUCCAAUCUUCUCAAACUCCAUAUUCAAACCAGUACAACAACAUUAACCUACUCUCAUUCUCUUCCAUUUUCACGAUCAAAAAUCCAAUCUCAAUUUCUUCCUUCUUUUUCAAAACACCCUCUUCAUAUUUCAUUACAGUCAUUUUUGCCCAGAAAACCUCUCAACAUACCAAAACAGCAACUUCUCCCUAUUCAUUGUUCAGUUUCUAACACCACUUCUCCUUCACCCCCAACUUCAAAAGUACAUGCUAUCCUCCAAGCCAAAACUAGCCUCUCCGCCGCCUUACAGAAGCCGCUAAACAACCCCAAACUCACCGGAAAAAUCAAGAAGCUUCAACAUCCCAGAUUCCGGGUUGGAAUCCCAUUGAUUGAUGACUCCCCUGAAUCACUAUCACAGCUUGCUUUCGACAUUUUUGCGGACCUUCAAAUCAAGAGACGAGGGUUUCCGGUUAAAAUUUUACUCAUUUGGCCUAAUUCAUCUUCAAUGGUUAGUGGGGUGAAUGCUUUUGAAGCUCUCCCAUCUGGUUUAAUUCAGCACAUUGACCUUACUAGUGCUAUGUCAGUUGAUAACAGAGUUUUGAAUUCUGCUGAUGUGGCUGUUUUUUUGGCGCCAAAUUCAUCACAGUUGGCAGUUAUGAAGUUAGUUAGUGACAGUUUGUACCCAACCCCUUUGGUGUUGUUUAACCCCAAAUGGACAUUUGAGGAAGAAGACAGUUUUGGUGAUUUGAGUGGUUUUAUAGGCUCUUUUGAUGUACUUUAUGCAUUCCUAGGAUUAGAAGUUAGAGGGCUUUUGAGCAAGAGAAAAGGAGUUGUUUUCAAGUAUGUUAGAGAUGGAGUUGUCAGUGGACAGAAAUGGGAGGUGUUUGUUGAAGAAGAAGGUGAAGGAAAUCAAUUGAAGGUGGUUUCAAGAUUCAAAUCCCGGCCUUCGAUUUCUGAAGUUGAGAAUGUUUUGUACAAUCUCAUGGCAGUUACUUCACCCAUCACCAAAUCUGCUAAAUUUUUGAAGGACUUAGUUUCCAAAGUUACAGGAAGAAAAUCAGUUAAUUAAUUGAUCGAGUUACUCCAAUAUAGUAGUGUAUACUCUUUAUGUUUGAUUAUGAAUGUGAUUUCAAUCAUUUUGUUUGAAUAAUGCAUCAAAAUUAUUAGUAUA